AUGAAUUGGACGUACAAUUUGAUAGAACCUUACCAUGCAAGCGUCGACCUACGUAACAAUGAAUUAAGACACUGGAACGAUAACUUUUUUCGUCAGUACAACCCUGACCCGAAAGAGAAUUAUUAUAACGACUUCAUUACAUACAACGUGGACAUCCGGGACAAUCCGUGGUUCUGUGACUGUAACUUGCAUGGCUUUUCAAAGCGAUUCCAGAACUCCAUCUUCAAACACGCGGAUACGAAUCUUAUUGAAGUUAAGUGCGAUGGACCACCAGAACUGAAAGGAAAAUCUAUUUUAGAAGAUGUCGAUUUGAAUGACUUAAUUUGUAAUGUGACAGAGGACUGCCCUCCGGAUUGCUUAUGUCAGGACAAACCUGAUGAUAACAUGUUUCAUGUCAUUUCAUUGUCUAUCAGAAACUACACAUCGUAUCUCAUCGAUCUUUCACUCUCCGGAAAUGGGCUUACAUCCGUUGAAAGUACUGCAAUUAAAGAAAUGAAACAAAUAACACAUUUGAACCUGGAAAACAACGAUUUGCAAAGCAUUCCGAAGGACCUUCGGUACUUAAUGCGAUACGAGUUAACAGAAUUAAAGAACAAUCCUUUCAAGUGCAGUUGCGACAUGGUUUGGAUGGCAGAGUGGAUCAAUUAUGCACCUUCAGACAACCCUAAUCGUAAUAUCCAAUGUACAUCUGACGAUGACGACGUCUACCUGAUACGUGAGGUGACGGAGAGGUUGCUGAACUGUACUUAUGACGUUGCUAUUGGGCUGACAAUCGGCUUUGCAAUCUUGCUAAGCUUAGUCAUCGUUUCGGUUAUCUGGGCCAAAAGGUGCCCCUACGAAACCAAAGUUAUCUUGUACAGAAUUUUUCGGUACCAUCCGUGGGACAAGUAUCGCGUCGACCGAGAACUUCUAGCGGAAUAUGACGCUUAUGUAUCGUUCGAUGACAACAACAUCCACAUCCGCCAGUGGGUGCUUCGAAAAUUCGUCAAACGGCUUGAGGAAGAGAAACCGUGCUAUAGGUUUUUUGUUCCCGUGCGGGACCUCAUCUUUGGUCAAGACAAAGCAGACUCCAUCAUAGAGAAUAUGGAGAAAAGUAAACGAGUGAUUGUUAUUUUAUCUGACAAAUAUGACGAGAAUGAAUGGUGUAAAUUCGAGUGUCAGAGAGCGGAAAUAUUAGAAUUAAAUAAUGGACGAAUUAUCUUUAUCAAAUAUCAUCCUGAUGCAGACGAAAUGAUAGAAAACGAACCGUGGAAGUCUCGAGUAAAAGGAAGAAAAGUGUUUUCUCCCGGAGAGAAGAAAAACGAGCGGCGGUGGUUCUGGGGCAAAAUCAAAUACGAAUUACCAGUGCGUUCUGACGGGUUUAUAAUAAAACAGGGAAGUAGAGGGGAAUAUUGCAUUGUGGCGACCGCAGUCAGCAGGGUUAAAAAAAUGGGAGACCACCUUUACAUCCCAUAUGCCAUCUUUUCAAUUUUAGCUGCAUUUGUGAGUGCAACAAACAGAUGUGACACGUGCCAGUCGACAUCUACCAUAGACCUUUCAAACUGCACUUUCCACAGCAUGUCACAAGCCAUAAAUAAAUCUUGUAAUGCUGCACGAAGUGCGCAGAUUUUGAAGCUAAACGGAAAUUUCAUCACCAAUAUUUCCAGCAGUGACUUCACAAUGCUUGAUAACACCGGCUAUUUCUGGCAACUAAAAAAACUCGAAAUAAGUAACAAUAACAUCUCUUAUAUAGCUGAAGAUGCCUUCUGGACAUUGCGCGUUCUAGAGCAUCUAAAUGUCUCAUACAACGCCAUGACAGAUUUGGACGAUUGGAUUCUUAAAGACAAGACUGCAUUAAGAACUGUUGAUUUUUCUCACAAUAAGAUAAAUUUCAUUAGUGUAGAAGCCUUUACAAGAUAUCAUUCCGCGCUGAAAGAAGUUCACCUUGCACAUAACCAACUCGUGUCCAUGGAACCCUGGGCGUAUAUUCCCCCAGCUUUGACGAAAUUUGAUGUUUCAAACAACUUUAUCGUUAACUUCACAAACAGGAUGAAUUGGACGUACAAUUUGAGAGAGCCUUACCAUGCAAGCGUCGACCUACGUAACAAUGAAUUAAGACACUGGAACGAUAACUUUUUUCGUCAGUACAACCCUGCUCCGAAAGCGGAUUAUUAUACCGACUUCGUUACAUACAACGUGGACAUCCGGGACAAUCCGUGGUUCUGUGACUGUAACUUGCAUGGCUUUUCAGAACGAUACCAGAACUCCUUCUUCAAACACGCGGAUACGAAUCUUAUUGAAGUUAAGUGCGAUGGACCACCAGAACUGAAAGGAAAAUCUAUUUUAGAAGAUGUCGAUUUGAAUGACUUAAUUUGUAAUGUGACAGAGGACUGCCCUGCUGAUUGCUUAUGUCAGGACAAACCUGAUGAUAACAUGUUUCAUGUGAUUUGUAACAACAGAAGUAAUUCAAAGUUACCGAAUACGUUACCAUAUAACAAAUACGAAAGACUGAAAUUGGAAAUGGAUAAUAAUCAAAUCAAAACAUUGUCUAUCAGAAACUACACAUCGUAUCUCAUUGAUCUUUCACUCUCCGGAAAUGGGCUUAAUUACGUUACAAGUACGGCAAUUAAAGAAAUGAAACAAAUAACACAUUUGAACCUGGAAAACAACGAUUUGCAAAGCAUUCCGAAGGACCUUCGGUACUUAAUGCGAUACGAGUUAACAGAAUUAAAGAACAAUCCUUUCAAGUGCAGUUGCGACAUGGUUUGGAUGGCAGAGUGGAUCAAUUAUGCACCUUCAGACAACCCUAAUCGUAAUAUCCAAUGUACAUCUGACGAUGACGACGUCUACCUGAUACGUGAGGUGACGGAGAGGUUGCUGAACUGUACUUAUGACGUUGCUAUUGGGCUGACAAUCGGCUUUGCAAUCUUGCUAAGCUUAGUCAUCAUUGCUGUUAUUUGGGCCAAAAGGUGCCCCUACGAAACCAAAGUUAUCUUGUACAGAAUUUUUCGGUACCAUCCGUGGGACAAGUAUCGCGUCGACCGAGAACUUCUAGCGGAAUACGACGCUUAUGUAUCGUUCGAUGACAACAACAUCCACAUCCGCCAGUGGGUGCUUCGAAAAUUCGUCAAACGGCUUGAGGAAGAGAAACCGUGCUAUAGGUUUUUUGUUCCCGUGCGGGACCUCAUCUUUGGUCAAGACAAAGCAGACUCCAUCAUAGAAAAUAUGGAGAAAAGUAAACGAGUGAUUGUCAUUUUAUCUGACAAAUAUGACGAGAAUGAAUGGUGUAAAUUCGAGUGUCAGAGAGCGGAAAUAUUAGAAUUAAAUAAUGGACGAAUUAUCUUUAUCAAAUAUCAUCCCGAGGCAGACGAGAUGAUAGAAAACGAACCGUGGAAGUCUCGAGUAAAAGGAAGAAAGGUGUUUUCUCCCGGAGAGAAGAAAAACGAGCGGCGGUGGUUCUGGGGCAAAAUCAAAUACGAAUUACCAGUGCGUUAA